AUGCAAUUGUUCAAGAUAAUUUCCCUACUUAUUACUUCAAGUGUCGUUGUGGCUGAUAAGCUCACUGAAUUAUCAAUUGGCAUUUUGCAUGAGGUGCCAGAGAGUGAAUGUACAAUUCAAGCCUCCAAGGGCGACAUUGUGUCUGUCCAUUAUACAGGAUCGUUAAAAGAAAGUGGCGAUAUCUUUGACUCGUCAUAUAAGAGAGGCGCCCCUAUUCAAUUCACUCUCGGCCAUGGGCAAGUCAUUGCUGGUUGGGAUCAAGGUAUAAUGGGAAUGUGCAUUAACGAAAAACGUAAGCUUUACAUUCCAAGUGAAAUGGGAUAUGGUUCCAGAGGCGCUGGAGGAGUGAUUCCACCUGAUGCAGAUCUCAUCUUCGAGACAGAACUAGUUGAUAUCCGCAGACGUGACGAAUUGUAG